UGCUGAACCGAACUGAGGUCGGCAGUCCAAUCUAAGCGGAUGCGAUAGCGGCAAUUGACCAUCGCUAUCGGCCGCUAUCGCCGUCUCAGUGACGUCGCCCGUCACUUAGCUAUCUGCGAGGGCGGCCGGGUAGAGCUAGCGCCGCACAGUAGCGCAGACAGAGACGCCAGGCCACCUGUCACUGGGUAUCAUGAGCUGAUAAUGAUAGCGAUUGAUCCAGGCCUUCGUCGAUAUCGGCAUCUUUGGAUUGCUCGGCAAGGCUCCCGGACUUUCUGCUGUAACAAACCAACCAACCCACCAUCGGUAGAGUUCAAUAUUAAAGCGAUUUAUUUCAGAUGGAGACAGGCGAUUGCACUAACUACUUCACAUUUACCUCUUUUGCGUAAAACCGUACAGUAUCGCACACCAUUGUCCGUGUUCCAGGCAUUGUGACAUAGCGAAUUUCAGUGUGAAUGAAGGCCUCUGCUCUGUGCCAGUUUCAACAGAAUCCAUGUCCGACGAGUAAAAAUCGUGCUCUCUGCACGCCCGGUGUGUGAGACGGUCACCGGCUAAUCGGGGUGUUAUCGGGCGCGUUUUUCCUGAUCCAACCGAGAGCGUGCACCGAUGGCGCGGCAGAUACCCCGGCGCGGCGGCGGGGAGGGUCACAGCGCAGAGGACGGACGACGGCCGGCCGGCCGGUGAAAGGAGCGCGAACGGGUUAUCCCGCCCGGGCGCUGCAGUUGAGCCCGCCCGCCCCGCCUCACAGCUCCAUAUAUAAGAGCCGGGCCAGACUCAGUGGCAUCACUUCGGACCGACUCAUCCCAGUGACCACCACCUCCGUCAUGAAGCUGAUCGUGCUGAGCUGCGUGCUGGCCUGCGCGGUGUCGCUGCCGCAGCAGCUGCUGUCGCCCAAGGAGCUGCGGGACAUUGACCGUGCCGCGGUCAUCACCUCCUUCACCAACGAGAACCUGGCCGACGGCAGCAACGAAAACGCGUUCACGGCCGAUAACGGUCUGGAGCGUCGUGAGCGGAUCGUGCUGAAACAGGUGGAGAUCAUCAACAGUGACGGACAGACCGAGUACCGCACCGUGCCCACCUACCAGGGAUCCUUCAAGUACCAGCAGGAGGAUGGACAGGUGAUCGAGAGGACCUACGUCACCGACGAAUACGGCACCCUGCAGAUCGACGGACCCGACCUGCCGCUGCCCGUGCCCGACCCGCACCCCCAGUAAAUAUCGACCCGACGACGGCCGGCGCGCAGUGCUCAGCACCCCGCUGACUGAGAGAUCAGCGGUCAGAGAAGACAUCAGAAGCCGCCGCGAGGCCGCAGUCCUUCCACCCAUCUCACUCGUGCAUACGUGUUUGUCGACGCUAAUAUAUGAAUGACAUCAUCGCGUAUAAA